AUAAACUCGUUUCCACGGAAACAACAAAAUCUGCUGACCAGGAAAUAGUUGAAAGCAAGGAAUCCACAAAUGAGAAUGUUGAAGAAAUAAAAACUGAUGAAAUCAAUUCAACAGAAACAACAAAAUCGGAUGACCAAGAAAUAGAUUUAGGCAAGGGAAUGACAAAUGAUAAUGUUGAAGAAGCAAAGACUGAUGAACUUAUUUGCAUGGAAACAACAAAAUCUACUGACAAGGAAAUAGUUGCAGGCAAGGAAUCCCCAAUGGAGAAUGUUGAAGAAGCAGAGUCUGAUGAAUUAUUUUCCUCGGAAACAAUACAAUCUGCUGACCAGGAAAAAGUUAAAGGCAAGGAAACAACAAAUGAGAAUGUUGAAGAAACAAAAAAUGAUGAACUCGGGUCAACAGAAACCAGGAAAUCUAAUGACCAGGAUAUAGUUGCAGGCAAGGAAACAAUAAAUGAGAAUGUUGACGGAGCAAGGAUUGAUGGAAUCGUUUUCACUGAAACAACAAAAUCUGCUGACCAGGAAAUAGUUGCAGGCAGCGAAUUCACAAAUGAGAAUGUAGAAGAAACAAAAACUGAUGAACUCAAUUCAGCAGAAACAACAAAAUCGGAUGACCAGGAAAUAGUUCAAAAAGCAAACACUUCUGAAUAUGUUUCCAUGGAAAUAGCAAAAGCAGCCAAGGAAUCUUUAAAGGAGAGUGUUGAAGAAGCAAAGACCGAGGAACUUGAUUCCACGGAAAGAGCAAAAUCUGUUGACCAGGAAAUAGUUGCAGAAAAUGAAUCCACAAAUAAGAUUGUUCAAGAAACAAAGUCUGAUGAAUUCGUUUCUGCAGAACCAAUAACAUCUGCUGACCAGGAAAUAGUCAAAGGCAAGGAAUCAGCAACUGAGAAUGUUGAAGAAGCAAAGACUAAUGAACUCGUUUCCACGGAAACAACAAAAUCUGCUGACCAGAAAUCCACAAAUGAGAAUGUUGAAGAAAUGAAAACUGAUGAACUUAGUUCAACAGAAACAACAAAAUCGGAUGACCAAGAAAUAGAUUUAGGCAAGGAAACGACAAAUGAUAAUGUUGAAGAAGCAAAGACUGAUGAACUUAUUUGCAUGGAAACAACAAAAUCUACUGACAAGGAAAUAGUUGCAGGCAAGGAAUCCCCAAUGGAGAAUUUUGAAGAAGCAGAGUCUGAUGAAUUAUUUUCUUCGGAAACAAUACAAUCUGCUGACCAGGAAAUAGUUGAAGGCAAGGAAACAGCAAAUGAGAAUGUUGAAGAAACAAAAUAUAAUGAACUCGGUUCAACAGAAACCAGGAAAUUUAAUGACCAGGAAAUAGUUGCAGGCAAGGAAAUGACAAAUGAGAAUGUUGAUGGAGCAAAGAUUGAUGAACUCGUUUUCACUGAAACAACAAAACCUGCUGACAGGGAAAUGGUUAUAGGCAACGAAUUCACAACUGAGAAUGUAGAAGAAACAAAAACUGAUGAACUCAGUUCAACAGAAACAACAAAAUUGGAUGACCAGGAAAUAGUUCAAAAAGCAAACACUUCUGUAUAUGUUUCCUUGGAAACAGCAAAAGCAGCCAAGAAAUCUUUAGAGGAGAGUGCUGAAGCAGCAAAGACUGAGGAACUUGUUUCCAUGGAAAGAGCAAAAUCGGUUGACCAGGAAAUAGUUGAAGAAAAUGAAUCCACAAAUAAGAUUGUUCAAGAAACAAAGUCUGGGGAAUUCGUUUCCGCAGAACCAAUAACAUCUGCUGACCAGGAAAUAGUCGAGGGCAAGGAAUCGGCAAAUGCGAAUGUUGGAGAAGCAAAGACUGAUAAACUCGUUUCCAGGGAAACAACAAAAUCUGCUGACCAGGAAAUAGUUGAAGGCAAGGAAUCCACAAAUGAGAAUGUUGAAGAAAUAGAAACUGAUGAACUCGGUUUAACAGAAACAACAAAAUCGGAUGACCAGGAAAUAGAUUUAGGCAAGGAAACGACAAAUCAGAAUGUUGAAGAAGCAAAAACUGAUGAACUUAUUUGCACGGAAACAACAAAAUCUGCUGACCAGGAAAUAGUUGCAGGCAAGGAAUCCCCAAAGGAGAAUGUUGAAGAAAUAAAAACUGAUGAACUCGGUUCAACUGAAACAACAAAAUCUGAUGACCAGGAAACAGUUUCAGGCAAGGAAUCUCCAAAUGAGAAUGUUGAAGGAAUAAAAACUGAUGAACUUGGUUCAAGAGAAACAACAAAAUUUGAUGACCAGGAAAAAGUUUCAGGUAAGGAAACGACAAAUGAGAAUAUUGAAGAACCAAAGAUUGGUGAACAUGUUGCCAUGGAAACACCAAAUUCUGCUGACCAAGAAAUAGUUCCAGAAAAUGAAUCCUCAAAUAAGAUUGUUCAAGAGGCGAACACUUGUGAACUCGUUUCCAUGGAAACAACAAAAUCUGGAGACCAGGAAAUAGUUGCAAGUAAGGAAUCCACAAAUGAAAAUGUUGAAGAAACAAAAACUUAUGAACUCGGUUUAACGGAAACAACAAAAUCUGAUGACCAAGAAAUAGAUGCAGGCAAGGAAACUACAAAUGAGAGUGUUGAAGAAACAAAGCCUGAUGAACAUGAUUCCACGGAAAGAACAAAAUCUGCUGACCAAGAAAUAGUUGCAGAAAUUGAAUCCAUAAAUGAGAAUGUUGAGGAAGUAAAUACCUGUGAACUUGUUUCGUUGAAAGCAACAAAAUCUGCAGACCAGGAAAUAGUUGGAGGCAAGGAAUCAACAAAUGAGAAAGUUGAAGAAACCAAAACUGACAAACUCGUUUCGACGGAAACAACACAAUCUGCUGACCAGGAAAUAGUUGCAGGCAAGGAAUUCACAAAUGAGAAUGUUGAAGAAAUGAAAACUGAUGAACUCGGUUCAACAGAAUCAACAAAAUCUGAUGACCAGGAAAUAGUUGCAGGCAAGGAAACGACAAAUGCGAAUGUUGAAGGAACAAAGACUGAUGAACAUGUUUCCAUGAAAACAACAAAAUCUGCUGAUCAGGAAAUAGUUGCAGAAAAUGAAUCCACAAAUAAGAUUGUUGAAGAAGCAAACACUUGUGAAAUUAUUUCCAUGGAAACAUCAAAAUCUGCUGACCAGAAUAUAGUUGAAGGUACGGAAUCCAAAAAUGAGAAUGUUAAAGAAACAAAAACUGAUGAACUCGGUUCAAUUGAAACAACAAAAUCUGCUGACCAGGAAAUAGAUGCAGGCGAGGAAUCUUCAAAUGAGAAUGUCAAAGUAGCAAAGACUGAUGAAAUUUUUCCCCCCGAAUCAACAAAAUCUGCUGAACAGGAAAUAAUUACAGGAAAGGAAUCCACAAAUGCAAAUUUUGAUGAAGAAAAGAAUGGUGAACUCGUUUCCGAGGAAACAAUGAAAUCUCGCGACCAGGAAAUAAUUGAAGGCAAGGAAUCCACAAAUGAGAAUAUUGAAGAAGCAAAGAAUGAUGGACUCGUUUCCGAGGAAACAACAACAUCUGCUGACCAGGAAAUGGUUGCAGGUAAGGAAUCCACAAAUGAGUACGAUGAAGAUGAACAGACUGAAGUACUCAUUCCCCUGGGUCCAACAAAAUCUGUUGUCCAGGAAAUAGUUGCAGGCAAGAGAUCCUUAAAUGAAAAUUACCAAGAAGUAAAUACUGGUGAAGUCGUUUCCAGAGAAACAACAAAAUCUGCUGACCAGGAAAAAGAUGCAGGAAAGGAAUCCGUAAAUGAGAAUGUUAAAGAAACGAAGACUCCUAAACUUCUCUCCCUUGAAACAAGACAAUUUGCUGACAAGGAAGAAGACAAAUCAAGUGAAAAUAAAAACAGGCCCGCAUGCAAGGAAUCAGAAAAGGAUGAUAUUGAAGAAGCAAAGACUGAAGAACUCGAUUCGAAGGAAACAACAGAAUCUGUUGACCAGGUAGUAAUCCCAGACAAGGAAUCCACAAAUGAGAAUGUUCAAGAACUAAAGACUUGUGAACUUGUUUCUAUGAAAACAACAACAUCUGCUGACCAGGAAAUAGUUGCAGGCAAGGAAUCCACAAAUGAGAAUGUGGAAGAAGCAAAGACUUGUGAACUCGUUUCCAUGGAAACAACAACAUCUCCUGACAAGGAAGUAGUUGCAGGAAAGGAAUCUUCAAAUGAGAUUGUUAAAGCAGCAAAGACUGAGGAAAUUGAUGACCAGGAAAUAGUUGCAGGCAAGGAAUCCACAAAUGAGAAUGUUGAAGCAAAGAUUCAUGAUAUCUUUUCGAUACUUACAUCAAAAUCUGCUGACCUGGAAGGAGUUACAUUAAUUGGAAAUGAAGAGGAGGCAGCAAGCAAAGAAACUACAAAUGAAAAUAUAGAAUCAAAGAUUCAUGAGCUUGUUUCCAUGGUUUCAACAAAAUCUGCUGACCAGGAAAGAGUUGAAUUUACUAGAAUUGAAAAGAAGACUGCUGUCAAAAAAUCAGCAAAUGAUAAUGGUGAAGAAGCAAAGACUUAUGAACUCGUUUCCAAGGAGUCAACAAAAUCUGCUGACAAGGAAAUUGUUGUAGGCAAGGAAUCUUUAAAGGAAAAUAUUGAAGAAUCAAAGACUGAGAUACUUGUUUCAAUGGAAACAACAAAAUCUACUGACCAGGAAAUAAUUGCAGGCAAGGAAUCGGCAAGUGAGAAUGUUGAAGAAGCAGAGACUGGUGAAUUCCUUUCCAUGGAAACAAAAAAAUCUGUAGACCAGAAAAUAAUUGCAGGCAAGGAAUCUUUAAACGAGAAUAUUGAAGAAUCAAAGACUGAGAUACCUGUUUUAAUAGAAACAACAAAAUCUACUGACCUGGAAAUAGUUGCAGGCAAGGAAUCUGCAAAUGGGAAUGCCGAAGAAGCAAAGACUAAUGAACAUGUUUCAACGGAAACAACAAAAUCUACUGAACAGGAAAUAGUUGCAGGCAAGGAAUCCACAAGUGAGAAUGUUGAGAAAACAAAAACUGAUGAACUUGUUUCAACAGAAACAUCAAAAUCUGCUGACCAGGAAAUAGUUGCAGGCAAGGAAAUGACCAAAACUGAUGAACUCGUUUCCAUGGAAACAACAAAAUCUACUGACCAGGAAAUAAGUGCAGGCAAGGAAUCCACAAAUGAGAAUGCUGAAGGAUUAUUGACUGGUGAACAUGGUUCCAUGGAAACAACAAAACCUACUGAACAGGAAAUGGUUGCAGGCAGGGAAUCCACAAAUGAGAAUGUUGAGGAAACAAAAACUGAUGACCUCGUUGCAUCGGAAACAUCAAAAUCUGCUGACCAGGAAAUAGUUGCAGGCAACGAAAUGACCAAAACUGAUGAACUCGUUUCCAUGGUAACAACAAAAUCUGCUGACCAGGAAGUAGUUGCAGGCAAAGAAUCCACAAAUGAAAAUGUUGAAGCAAAUAUUUAUCAACUCCUAUCAAUACUUACAUCAAGGUCUGCUGUCAUUGAAGGAGUUGCAUUAAGUGGAAAUGAAAAGGAGGCUGCAAGCACGAAAAGUUCAAAUGAAAAUGUAGAAGCAAAGAUACGUGAACUUGUUUCUAUGGUUACAACAAAAUCUGCUGAUCGGGAAGGACUUGCAUUUAGUAAAAGUGGAAAGGAGGCUGCGGGCAAGAAAUCAGGAAAUGAGAAUGUUGAAGAAGCAAAGACUGAUGAGCUUGUUUCCACGGAAUCAACAAAAUCUACUGACAACGAAAUAGCUGCAGGCAAGGAAUCAACAAAUGAGACUCUUGAGGAAGCAAAUACAACAAAACCUGCUGACCAGGAAGUAAUUGCAGACAGAGAAUCCACGAACGAAAAUAUUAAAGAAGCAAAAACUUGUGGACUCGUUUCCAAUGAAAUAAAAUAUGCGGACCAGGAUAUAGUUGUAGGUAAGGAAUCCACAACUGAGAAUGUUGAAGAAGCAAAGACUGGUGGACUCGCUUCCACAGAAACAACAAAAUCUGCAGACCAGGGAAUAAUUCCAGGCAAGGAGUCAACAAAUGAGAAUGUUGAAGAAGCAAAGACUGAUGACCAAUUCGUUUCCAAAGAUACAACAAAAUCACCUGAUCCUGAAAUAGUUGCAGGCGAGGAAUCAACAAUUGAAAAUAUUGAAGAAGCAAAGACUAAUGAACUCACUUCUAUGGAAGCAACAAAAUCGCCUGAAAGGGAAAUAGUUGCAGGCAGGGAAUCCACAAAUGAAAAUAUUGAAGAUGCAAACACUUCUGAACUCGUUUCUAUGGAAAAAUCAAAAUCUGCUGACCAGGAAAUAGUUGCAGGCAGGGAAUCCACAAAUGAAAAUACUGAAGAAGCAAAGACUUGUGAUUUCGUUUCCACGGAAGCAACAACAUCUGCUAACAAGGAAAUGGUUGCAGGCAAGCAAUCUACAAAUGAGAAUGUUGAAGAAGCAAAGAUUGAUGAACUCGUUUCCACGGAAACAACAAAAUCUGAUAACCAGGAAAUAGUUGCAGGCAAGGAAUCAAUGAAUGAGAAUGUUAAAACAAAGAUUCAUCAACUCAUUUCAAAACUUAUAUCAAAAUCUGCUGAACUGGAGGGAGAUACAUUAAGUGGAUAUGAAAAGGAGACUGCAAGCAUGGAAACUACAAAUGAGAAUGUAGAAGCAAAGAUACGUGAACUUAUUUCAAUAGUUACAACAAAAUCUGCUGAUCAGGAAGGAGUUGAAUUUAGUGGAACUGAAAAGGAGGCUUCAGGGAAGAAAUUAGCAAAUGAAAAUGUUAAAGAAACGAGGAUUGAUGAACUUGUUACCUCUGAAUCAAUGAAAUCUGCUGACCAGGAAAUAGUUCCAGGCAAGGAAUCUUCGAAUGAUAAUGCUGAGGAAGCAACGCCUGAUGAACUCACUUCCAUGGAAACAACAAAAUCUGCCGACCAGGAAAUAUUUGCAGGUAUGGAAUCCACAAAUGAGAAUGUUGAAGAUGCACAGACUGAUGUGCUCCCUUCCACGGAAACAACAAAAUCUGCUGACCAAGGAAUAAUUACAGGCAAGGAAUCCACAAAUGAGAAUGUUGAAGAAGCAAACACUGGUGAACAGCUUGUUUCCACGGAAACAACAAAAUUUGUUGACAAGAAAAUGGUUGCUGACAAGGAAUCCGUAAAUGAUAAUGUUGAAGAUGCAAAGACUUAUGAACUCCUUUCCAACGGAACAACAAAAUCUGCUAAGGAUGAAAUAGUCGCAGGCAUGGAAUCUACAAAUGAAAAUGUUGAGAAAGCUAAGACUUGCGAAGUCGUUUCCAUGGAAACAACAUUAUUUGCUGAGCAGGAAGAAGUUGCAGGCAACGAUUCUUCAAAUGAUAAUAUUGAAGCGAAGAUUCAUCAACUCCUUUUGAUACUUAGCUCAAAGUCUGAUGACCUUGAAGGAAGUGAAAAUGAGCCUGCAAGCAUGGAAUCUACAAAGGAGAAUGUAGAAGCAAAGAUUCGUGAACUUAUUUCCAUGGUUUCAUCAAAAUCUGUUGACCUUGAAGGGGUUACAUGCAGUUUAAAUGAAAAUGAGGUUAAAAGCAUGGUAACUACAAAUGAGAAUGUAGCUGCAAAAAUUCAUGAACUCGUUUCAAUGGUUGCAACAAAACCUGCUGACCAGGAAGGAGUUAAAUUUUCUGGAAUUGAAAAGGAAUCAGAAAAUGAGAAUAUUGAAGUAGCAAAGACUGUUAAACUCAUUUCCACAGAAUCACCAGCAUCUGCUGACCGGGAAAUAGUUGCAGACAAAGAAUCCACAAAUGAGAAUGUUGAACACACAAAACUUUCCCAACUCAUUUCCGAGGAAACAACAAAAUCUUCUGACCAGGAAAUAAUUGCAGGCAAGGAAUCCACAAAUGAGAAUGUUGAAGAAGCAAAGACUGAUGAACUCGUUUCCAAUGAAGCAACAAAAUCUGCUGAUCAAGAAAUAGUUGCAGGCAAGGAAUCCACAAAUGAGAAUGUUGAAGAAGCAAAGACUGAUGAACUCGUUUCCAAGGAAGCAACAAAAUCUGCUGAGCAGGAAAUAGUUGCAGGCAAGGAAUCCACAAAUGAGAAUGUUGAAGAAGCAAAGACUGGUGAACUCGUUUCCAAGAAAGCAACAAAAUCUGCUGAUCAGGAAGUAGUUGCAGGCAAGAUAUCUUCAAAUGAGAAUAUUGAUGAAGCAAAGACCGGUGAACUCGUUUCUGCUGAAACAACAAAAUUUGCUGACCAGGAAAUAGUUGCAGGGAAGGAAUCCACAAAAGAGAAUGUUGAAGAAGCAAAGACUGAUGAACUCGUUUCCAAGGAAGCAACAAAAUCUGCUGAUCAGGAAAUAGUUGCAGGCAAGGAAUCCACAAAUGAGAAUGUUGAAGAAGCAAAGACUGAUGAACUCGUUUCCAAGGAAGCAACAAAAUCUGCUGAUCAGGAAAUAGUUGCAGGCAAGGAAUCCACAAAUGAGAAUGUUGAAAAAGCAAAGACUGGUGAACUCGUUUCCAAGGAAGCAACAAAAUCUGCUGAUCAGGAAAUAGUUGCAGGCAAGGUAUCUUUAAAUGAGAAUAUUGAAGAAGCAAAGACCGGUGAACUCGUUUCUAAUGAAACAACAAAUUUUGCUUACCAGGAAUUAGUUGCAGGGAAGGAAUCCACAAAAGAGAAUGUUGAAGAAGCAAAGACUGAUGAAGAGCUCGUAUCCACGGACACAACAACAUCUGCUGAUCAGGAAACAGUUGCAGGAAAUGAAUCUACAAAAGAGAAUGUUGAAGAAGGAAAGAUUGAUGAAAUCGUUUCCACGGAAUCAACAACAUCUGCUGAUCAGGAAACAAUUGCAGGCAAGGAAUCCUCAAAAGAGAAUGUUGAAGAAGCAAAGACUGAUGAACAGCUCGUUUCAACGGAAACAACAACAUCUGCUGACCAGGAAAUAGUUGCAGGCAAGGAAUCCACAAAUGAGAAUGUUGAAGAAGCAAAGACUGGUGAACAGCUCGUUUCAACGGAAACAACAACAUCUGCUGACCAGGAAAUAGUUGCAGGCAAGAAAUCCUCAAAAGAGAAUGUUGAAGAAGCAAAGACUGUUGAACAGCUCGUUUCAACGGAAACAACAACAUCUGCUGACCAGGAAAUAGUUGCAGGCAAGGAAUCCUCAAAAGAGAAUGUUGAUGAAGCAAAGACUGAUGAACAGCUCGUUUCAACGGAAACAACAACAUCUGCUGACCAGGAAAUAGUUGCAGGCAAGGAAUCCACAAAUGAGAAUGUUGAAGAAGCAAAGAUUGAUGAACUCGAUUCUGCCGAAUCAACAAAAUCUGAUCACCAGGAUGUAGUUUUGGGCAAGGAAUCCACAAAUGACAAUGUUGACGCAAAGAUUCAUAAACUCCUCUCAAUGCUUACAUCAAAAUCUGGUGACCUUGGAGGAUUUGCAUUUAGUGGAAAUGAAAAGGAGGCUGCAAGCAAGGAAUCAACAAAUGAGAGUGUAGAAGCAAAGAUUCGUGAACUCGUUUCUAUGGUUACAACAGCAAAUGAGAAUGUUGAAGAAACAAAGAUUGAUGAACUUGUUUCCAUGGAAUCAACAAAAUCUGCUGACCAGGAAGUAGUUGCAGACAAUGAAUCUACAAAUGAGAAUGUUGAAGAAGCAAAGAGUGAUGAACAGCUCGUUUCCCCGGAAACAACCAAAUCUUCUGACCAGGAAAUAGUUACAGGCAAGGAAUCAACAAAUGAGAAAGUUGAAGAAGCAAAUACUUGUGGACUCGUUUUCAUGGAGGCAACAUCAUCUGCUGACCAGAAAAUGGUUGCAAGCAAGGAAUCCACAAAUGAGAAUGGUGAAGAGUCAUAUACUGAUGAACUCAUUUCCAGGGAAACAACAAAACCUGCUGACCAGGUAAUAGUUACAGGCAAGGAAUCAACAAAUGAGAAUGUAGACGAAGCAAAGAUUGAUGAACAGCUCGUUUCCAAGGAAACAACAAUAUCUGCUGACCAGGAAAUAGUUGCAGGCAAGGAAUCCAUAAAUGAAAAUGUUGAAGAAGCAAAGACUGGUGAGCAGCUCAAUUCCAUGGAAAUAACAACAUCUGCUGACCAAGAAAUAGUUGCAGGCAAGGAAUCCACAAUUGAGAAAACGGAAACAUCAAAAUCUGUUGACCAGGAGAUAGUUGCAGGCAAAGAAUCGACAAAUGAGAAUAAUGAAGAAGCAAAGACUGUUGAACAGCUUGUUUCCACGGAAACAACAAUAUCUGCAUAUCAGGAAAUAAUUGCAGACACCGAAUCUACAAAUCAGAGUGUUCAAGAAGCAAAGACUCUUGAACUCGUUUCACUGGAAACAACAAAUUCCGCUGGCCAGGAAAUAGUUGCAGGCAAGCAAUCCACAAAUGAGAAUAUUGAAGAAGCAAAGACUGAUAAACUCAUUACCAUUGAAUCAACAAAAUCUGCUGACCAGGAAAUAGUUGCAGGCAAGGAAUCUUUAAAUGAGAAUGUUGAAAAAGGAAAGACUGAUGAACUUGCUUCCACAGAAACAACAAAAUCUGCUGACCAGGAAGUAGCUUCGGGCAAGGAAUCGAAAAAUGAGAAUGUUGAGACAAAGAUUCAUAAACUCCUGUCAAUGCUUACAUCAGAAUCUGCUGACCUUAGAGGAUUUGCAUCUAGUGGAAAUGAAAAGGAGGAUGCAAGCAAGGAAUCAACAAAUGAGAGUUUAGAAGCAAAGAUUCAUGAACUUGUUUCUAUGGUUACAUCAGCAAAUGAAAAUGUUGAAGAAGCAAAGACUGAUGAACUUGCUUCCACAGAAACAAAAACAUCUGCUGACCAGGAAAUGCUUGCAGGUAAUGAAUCUACAAAUGAGAAAGUUGAAAAUGCAAAGACUGAUGAAUUUUCUUCCACAGAAACAACAAAAUCUGCUGGCCAGGGAAUAAUUACAAACAAGGAAUCAACAAAUGAGAAUGUUGAAGAAGCAAAGAUUGGUGAACAGCUCGUUUCAACGGAAACAACAAAAUCUGCUGACCAGGUAAUAGUUACAGGCAAGGAAUCAACAAAUGAGAAUGUUGAAGAAGCAAAGGGUGAUGAACAGCUCGUAUCCACGGACACAACAACAUCUGCUGAUCAGGAAACAGUUGCAGGCAAGGAAUCCACAAAAGAGAAUGUUGAAGAAGGAAAGAUUGAUGAAAUCGUUUCCACGGAAUCAACAACAUCUGCUGAUCAGGAAACAGUUGCAGGCAAGGAAUCCUCAAAAGGGAAUGUUGAAGAAGCAAAGACUGAUGAACAGCUCGUUUCAACGGAAACAACAACAUCUGCUGACCAGGAAAUAGUUGCAGGCAAGGAAUCUUCAAAAGAGAAUGUUGAAGAAGCAAAGACUGAUGAACAGCUCGUUUCAACGGAAACAACAACAUCUGCUGACCAGGAAAUAGUUGCAGGCAAGGAAUCUACAAAUGACAAUGUUGAAGGAGCAAAGGGUGAUGAACAGCUCGUUUCAACGGAAACAACAACAUCUGCUGACCAGGAAGUAGUUGCAGGCAUGGAAUCAACAAAUGAUAAUGUUGAAGAAGCAAAGACUGAUGAACAGCUCGUUUCAACGGAAACAACAACAUCUGCUGACCAGGAAAUAGUUGCAGGCAAGGAAUCCUCAAAAGAGAAUGUUGAAGAAGCAAAGACUGAUGAACAGCUCGUUUCAACGGAAACAACAACAUCUGCUGACCAGGAAAUAGUUGCAGGCAAGGAAUCCACAAAAGAGAAUGUUGAAGAAGCAAAGACUGAUGAACAGCUCGUUUCAACGGAAACAACAACAUCUGCUGACCAGGAAAUAGAUGCAGGCAAGGAAUACACAAAAGAGAAUGUUGAAGAAGCAAAGAUUGAUGAACUCGAUUCCACGGAAACAACAUCUGCUGAUCAGGAAAUAGUUGCAGGCAAGGAAUCCACAAAAGAGAAUGUUGAAGAAGCAAAGAUUGAUGAACAGCUCGUAUCCACGGACACAACAACAUCUGCUGAUCAGGAAAUAGUUGCAGGCAAGGAAUCCACAAAAGAGAAUGUUGAAGAAGCAAAGACUGAUGAACAGCUCGUAUCCACGGACCCAACAAAAUCUGCUGACCAGGGAAUAAUUACAAGCAAGGAAUCCACAAAUGAGAAUGUUGAAGAAGCAAAGACUGGUGAACAGCUCGUUUCCUCGGAAACAACAAAAUCUGAAGAAGCAGAGACUGAUGAACAGCUCGUUUCAACGGAAACAACAACAUCUGCUGACCAGGAAACAGUUGCAGGCAAGGAAUCCUCAAAAGAGAAUGUUGAAGAAGCAAAGACUGAUGAAAUUGUUUUCACGGCAACAACAACAUCUGCUGACCAGGAAAUAGUUGCAGGCAAGGAAUCCACAAAUGAGAAUGUUGAAGAAGCAAAGACUGAUGAACAGCUCGUUUCAACGGAAACAACAACAUCUGCUGACCAGGAAGUAGUUGCAGGCAAGAAAUCAACAAAUGAGAAUGUUGAAGAAGCAAAGACUGAUGAACAGCUCGUUUCAACGGAAACAACAACAUCUGCUGACCAGGAAGUAGUUGCAGGCAAGAAAUCAACAAAUGAGAAUGUUGAAGAAGGAAAGACUGAUGAACAACUCGUUUCAACGGAAACAACAACAUCUGCUGACCAGGAAAUAGUUGCAGGCAAGGAAACCUCAAAAGAUAAUGUUGAAGAAGCAAAGACUGAUGAAAAACUCGUUUCAACGGAAACAACAAUAUCUGCUGACCAGGAAAUAGUUGCAGGCAAGGAAUCCUCAAAAGAGAAUGUUGAAGAAUCAAAGACUGAUGAGCAGCUCGUUUCAACGGAAACAACAACAUCUGCCGACCAGGAAAUAGUUGCAGGCAAGGAAUCCACAAAAGAGAAUGUUGAAGAAGCAAAGAUUGAUGAACUCGAUUCCACGGAAACAACAACAUCUGCUGAUCAGGAAAUAGUUGCAGGCAAGGAAUCCACAAAAGAGAAUGUUGAAGAAGCAAAGAUUGAUGAACAGCUCGUAUCCACGGACACAACAACAUCUGCAGAUCAGGAAAUAGUUACAGGCAAGGAAUCCACAAAUGAGGCUGUUGAAGAAGCAAAGACUGAUGAACAGCUCGUAUCCACGGACACAACAUCUGCUGACCAGGAAACAGUUGCAGGCAAGGAAUCUUCAAAUGAGAAUGUUGAAAAAGCAACGACUGAUGAACUCGUUUCCGCCGAAACAAAGAAAUCUGAUGACCAGGGAAUAAUUGAAGACAAGGAAUCCACAAAUGAGAAUGUUGAAGCAAAGAUUCAUAAACUCCUUUCAAUACUUUCAUCGAAGUCUGCUGACCUUGAAGAAGUUGCAUUUAGUGGAAAUGAAAAGGAGGCUGCAAGCAAGGAAUCGAAAAAUGAGAAUGUAGAAAUAAAGAUUCGUGAACUCGUUUCAAUGGUUACAACAAAAUCUGCUGACCCGGAAGAAGUUGCAUUUAGUGAAAGUGGAAAGGAGGCUGCAGGCAGGAAAUCAGCUAAUAGGAAUGUUGAAGAAGCAAAGACUGAUGAACCCGUUUCCACGAAAACAACAAAAUCUACUGACCAGGAAAUAGUUGCAAGCAUGGAAUCUUCAAAUGGGAAUGUUGAAGAAGCAAAGACUGAUCAACUCGUUUCCGCCGAAGCAGCAAAAUCUGGUGACCAGGACAAAGUUGUAGGCACAGAAUAAAUGAGAAUGCUGAAGAAGCAAAGACCCUUGAACUCGUUUCCAUUGAAACAACAAAAUCUGCUGACAAGGAAGAUGUUUCAUUAGUUGAAUUGAACAGGAGGCUGCAUGGAAGGAAUCGGCAAAUCAGACAUUGAAAAGGCAGACUUGUAAACUUGUUUCCAUGGAAACGACAAUAUCUGAUGACCGGGAAGGAAAUCAUUUUCAUAUGAAACAGAACUUCACAUUUUACCGUCAUCCUAGACGAAGAAAAAUGUAUAAAUCCAGUGAAUGUGUUGAAAGACGAUCCUACCAAAAUAGUACAACUUUUCUAAGGUGUAAUUUGUACAGACAUAGAAGCGUUUCAUACAAAAAUGGGUCUAAUUUGCCAAUUGUUAAUUCAAGAAUCGAACGCGUAGUAGUGACGUAACCAAUCAAUGGUAAUCCAAAAAAAUUCUGAUAUUUCAUUCAUGCUUUCUAAUUUUCCGAUUUUUCAAACUUUCUGGACAAUACUGUAGUUCCCAUGGACCUUCCAGGUUUACUAAAAC